AUGCUGGGCACUGACCAAUACCCACCACCCCACCCUCUCCCGGAUAUGCAUGGUGUACGGAGAUCUGUCAAUGCUGCCCAAAGGGCUGGUACUAUCAAUCCUCCUCGAGUCAUCGCUAUGUCACAUGGCCUCCAGGGCAGUCGGUCUGCCAGCGGCCCAGUUGUUGGCAUACCUACAGGUUCAAGCUGGAAUCAGGCCUCUACCAGUCAUGGACUCGGAGUGGGUUACACCACCAAUCACGCUGCUCACGCUUCCCAGCGUGAAUACUGGUCGAAGCUUGCCUAUAGUAUGGGCUCACAUGCCGAGACCAUCAGUCUCGAUAUCUCGGCUGUGCAUGAUGCCGGCGCAAAGUGUAAGGGCAGUCGUGGUACACCAAUUUUGAAUAUCCGCGAAGGGAAAAAGGAUAUUCAUGCACAGGUAGAUGCCCCAGAUCUUGUCAAGAUCGCACUCAAUAUGAUUUUGCCCAAGAUCCUCGCACUAUCUCCAGCGUUUGCAUGGCAUACCCUGGAAUUCGUCGUCCGAGACGCAGGCUGGGUCGACCUUUCAACACACCCAGCCAAUAGGCCAUAUUUCUACUCAGAGUGCUGGCAUACAUCGAAAAGGGGCGGCAAAGAGGCUAAGGUUUUUAAGUCGAAGCAGUUUGCUUUGACAGUAGUCGUCCCUGAGUCCCAGUGGCUUCAGUACGAAGAAUGGCUUGAGCAAUCCGAGGAGAAAAGCCACUACCCCGCCACGGCACGCCCACUUGUUCAGGAUAUCACUGCAUCACCGCUGAUAGAACAAACGCAUGCUGACUUGCCCGUCGAAGAGUCUGUUCCUGUCGAAGAGUCUGUUAUGACCUGGAAAAGGGUUCAUGAGCGCAGCGACAGCGUUCCCAUUAGCGCACCUUCCAGCAGGCUGUCACCACCCCACAAAAAAUUAGCGGCAAGCAGUGCCUUCUGCACUCCCAGUCCAGACCAUGAAGGCCUUAAACAGGCGCUGAGGAUUGGCAGAACUGUUAACUUGGAUGUGAAACAAUUGCACCUUAUAGUGUUGGAUUUACAGCACGAGAACAUACAAUACUAUCCGAUACCCACGCGACCUCUUUCAGCCAUGCUGAAAAAUGCCAAAUUCCUAUCCUAUGAUAUUGAAACUAUCAAGUGCUCGAUGGGUCAAUUAACUUUCAACCCGUCCACAGCCAGUAUGUUAGGUGCUGGUGCUUUCAAGACAGCCCACCCAGGCUGGCUGACCUUGUUUUCUCCUCCUUCGUCUGGUCUCGGAUCUCAGACACGUCAUGAUGUUGCAGUCAAGUGGGCCUAUUACAAGGCUAACCCACCAGGCACCAGCAAGGCAUCAGUUAAAUGCAAAAUCGGCUGCUAUGCUCUUGCGGAUGAGGUGCCCAAACUCCUUAAAGAGGGGAACGUCCUUUACUGGGCUCGGUCACUUCUCCAACUCACUUAUGAUUUCAUUGAUCGCUCCAUUAUCAGUGCGUCUGAACUUCCGCCAUUCAAAAUCCCUCAAGUUCACUUCGUUGAUGCUGGCCUUGCCUUUGCUUUUGGUCCACUGCCUGCACCCAAAGCAAGCUCGUCAAUGACAAGCUCAGCACAUGCAGUUUAUCUUGUAGAGGAACUCAUUCCUGGCGGAAAUGAAGAUUUCCUGAAAUAUGUUCACAACAUGGACUCGAAUCCGUUGCUUGACGAAUCUGACGACGGUUAUGAUCUGGCUCUAUUCUUCACAUUUACUCAACACAUCCAGUACGUAAAAACACGGGGUCUGGCUUUCAUAUCAGACUAUCAAGGGAGCUCAGAACUAUUGACUGACCCCCAAAUCUUGACCCACCCCACUGUAAGCCAAGGUAACGAUAUCUUCGGAGAUGGCAACAUUGAGGGGGCAGUCAGCGAGUUUGAAAAGCAGCAUAAUUGCAAUUUUUAUUGCGAGUGGUCUGGUUUCAGCUUACAUCCUUUCAAAAAGGAGCAAGAUGGUAGCAGCGGCGGGGAUGACAUUGAGCAAUGA